UCGACGUUGGCGUCGUCGUCGUUGCACGCGCGCCACGACGCCGACGCCGACCGGUCGAACACACGGUACACCCCUGCAUUACCAUGUUGACGGGAUUUGAUAUUUAUAUCCAAUCCCUGGCAGAAGGAAGCGGUAGAGAGAUUUAUAAUGUGCUGUUGUGUAAUUCUUUGAUAUACAGAGCACGAUUCAUAAAACGUUCUCUGCUUGUUGAGCGUAAAAAUACAGAAAAUAAAUCGAACGUGUGGUGAAUCUAAUGCUUUAAUCCUCCAAUCGAUUUAUGAAAUAUAAUUUACUAACAUAUGAAUAAAAUGAUUUUUUAUAAUAAAUAAUGUCCCUUUAAAGUUUUCAGCACGUAACUGCCCGGCCUAAUAGAAAAUAUUUCGAAAAUAUUUGUUUAACGAUUUCAAUAUAAUAAAUUCUUGACACAUUUAAAAAAUGAAAGCAGCUUGUAUUACGUAACUAGAAUCUGUGUCACGAUUAUAGUUUUCGAAGACCUCCACUUAUACGACCUAAAUUUAGAAAGAUUGUUAACGAUGACACAGCAAAAUUGAUAUCUAUCAUCGUAUAAUUCGCUGCUGGCAUUAUCAGGAGCGACUUCCCUCCAUUAAAGAUACCGACGAGUAUGCAGAGUUGCUCAGUCGAGUGGUAGUCUGCGGUUGAUAAGGGGAUUCCAGGCGGUAACUUCGAACGCCUUCAUUGGCGGCUAUUUGGAGAGAACGGUCCUUCAACCGGAGCACCCACCUCCGAAGGGUCCAGCGUUUGCAGUCCGGAGUAGAACGGCAUCAGUAUCGUUCAAUCGUUCCUUCAAGAACCGGUUUCAAAACGAGUGACGGCUAAAAAAUAGUUGUGUAAAAAAUCUAAAUAGUUAUAAACGAUUUUUACUUUAUCACGAAAAGGGAACAGAAGUCGUGGAGCGAACGUUUCUUCAGCAAUCGUAUUUUCAUCGUCAUAAGUGAUUUAUAUUAUUUAAACUAGACUAAAAUAUAUAUUUAUAUUGCGCGCGUCAACGUAGGUCUAACGUGUGCAAAGUGCGAUAUUCUAACGUUUGAAGAGAAAAUGUAGACGUAUAAACUUUUAUUUUGAUCCAUUAGAAAAAGAGGGAUUGUGAAGGAAACAUUGCGUAAAUUAUUUUUUAAAACGCGAGAACGUCUCAGUUUUCGUACAUUUUCGUUUCAAUUGGACCGGUAUACAUUGAAAAUUAUAUACAUAAUCCACAAAGUGCAAUUAAUAUUCCAUCUUUUUCUUCACCGUUUCUUUGGAAUUUCUUUUCUAAGUCCUAUGGCUAAUCCACCCCCAUUCGAAACACGUCGGGGGUUUACUAUGCGAGCCCCAUGGUACUGGUUGCUGCUGAUCCUGGGCACAUUUUGCAUGUGUUGUUUAUGGAAGACCGGAUCGAUUAGUCGCUGGAGGUCCAGCAUGCGCGCCGAAGCGUUGAUCCACUUUGAUCUAUCGAUCCCGUCGUCGUCCUCGUCGAUGAUAUCGCAUCAUCCUCCUUUUGAUAGAAUCGACACGAGGUCAUCGCGCGAUGUCGCCCGAAGAAAGCAUCGGGGAACCUUGUCGAGGUACAUGCUGCAGCUGUACCAUCGGCGUCCGGACGCCGACGUCGUCCGCGCGAUCCAACCGGUGCACACUUCUGGUCCACUCUGCGACGGUGGCAGAAUUCUGGAAUUCGCGAUUCCGUCCGUGGACGUCGACGAGACGCUAGAAGCCGCGGAGUUACUCGGAGUCGCUGGCGCGAUAAUGAGGGUGCGAUCAUUAACCGAUCAGUCAACGAGAAACGCAAGCGAGGAGAUCCUGAGAUCGAGGAGAGACGAUGCUUGGCGAGCCUUCGACGUCACCUCCGCGGUCGCCGGCAGGAGCAAUGGCAUCGUGAAGCUUUACGUUCACGGUAGACUAACGUAUCGUCCUUACGGCGACAGUCCGAUCCUCCUGUUGAACUACAGUAAAACCAGAAGGGCCGAGCGUCGUCGUCGGUCCGCGGACGACCAAGAGGAUACCGAACGUUGGGAAGAGAGUAUGCCUCGUAGACGACGCCGGAACAGUUGCCGUCGACGUCCCAUGUACGUCGACUUCGCCCUGAUCGCCUAUGAUGAGUGGGUGGUCGCACCACCGGGAUACGAGGCCUAUCAGUGCUCCGGCAAGUGCUUCUUCCCUUUCGGCGAUCAUCUCAGUCCGACCAAGCACGCGAUAGUGCAGACGCUGGUGCACGGCGCCCUUCAAGCCAGCGAGGAGCUCGGCGGCAGCAAGUUCGUCGGUAGGGCUUGCUGCGUGCCCACCAGACUGGCGCCUACGAGUCUGCUCUACCUGGACGCCAGUGGCACUUUGACCUACGAGUACGGUUACGACGACAUGGUCGUUUCCGAAUGUGGUUGCCGCUGAUCGAGUUGUGUUGCGUUGAAUGUGAGCUUUUUGUAUUUUAUUGUAACAACCUGGGCGCUUAUAUCUGUAUCUUGAUCACGCGCAAAUCAGUACAGUCUCAAAAAAUUACAAAACAUGCAAAAUAUAGACGCAGUUGAACCUCGACGUAAUGAGCGUUAGAGAGGAAAAGCCAAAUUUAUUAUUUUCCUCAUAAAUUAUAUCUUGAAUUCUUCUCUCAAAUAGGUUCUAUGUAUAAAAUAUGAUCUUUUUUUUUUAAUAUAAAGAAUUGUAACGAUUAUCAUAUAACUUUUAUCUAAUAUCAUUAUUGAAAUGGGUCAAACUGAAGAAUUUUCAGAAAUUCCAUAUCCUUGUUCUAAAAUUCUGAUAUUGUCUUUGAUACGAGCGACUUUGAUUAAUUUUCGAUAUUAUAUCGAGGUCCAAAU